CUCCUGGCCGUGUAGCAUCGGGACCAAGUACAGAAAAACCAGAAUGGCCCCUCCGGAGAGUCCUCAGCCGUACCCCGCGAUGACGACCGUACCCCGCUAUCUAACAGGGAAGAAGGAGGAGAUUAAGGAGUUUUUGGAUAAAUUCGAUGUAUUUCUGUUCGAUUGCGAUGGAGUCCUUUGGUCUGGCGACCACCUCUUCCCUGGGACCGUCGAGACGCUGGAAAUGUUGAGGAGCAACGGCAAGCAGGUCGUUUUCGUUACGAACAACAGCACAAAGUCACGGGCCGACUACAAAAAGAAACUGGAGAAGCUGGGGAUCCCUAGCACAACGGAAGAAAUCUUUUCCUCCUCGUACAGCGCAUCCAUUUAUAUUUCCCGUAUACUCAAACUGCCAGAGAAUAAGCGAAAGGUUUUCGUCAUCGGAGAGACGGGCAUUGAGCAAGAGCUUCAAACAGAGAACGUUCCAUUCAUUGGAGGCACAGAUCCCGCGUAUCGUCGCGAAGUGAGACCUGAGGACUACAAGCUUAUUGCAGCUGGUGACCCAGCGUUACUUGAUCCUGAGGUCGGAGUCGUUCUCGUAGGACUGGACUUCCAUCUGAACUACCUGAAGUUGGCUCUCGCAUAUCACUACAUCAAACGUGGUGCGGUUUUCCUUGCGACCAAUAUCGAUUCCACGCUUCCGAACUCAGGAACGCUGUUCCCCGGCGCGGGUUCCAUGAGUGCGCCGCUUAUCAUGAUGCUGGGCGAAGAGCCUGUCUCGCUAGGCAAGCCAAACCAAGCAAUGAUGGAUGCGAUUGAGGGAAAAUUCAAGUUCGAUAGAUCUCGGACGUGUAUGGUGGGGGACCGCGCCAACACCGACAUCCGGUUUGGGUUAGAAGGCAAGCUCGGAGGCACUUUGGGUGUCCUCACUGGAGUCAGCUCAAAGGAGGACUUCCUAACUGGGCCUAUUAGGCCUUCGGUUUACCUAGACAAACUUUCCGACCUUUUGGAAGCGAAGUGAAGUAGCAUCACCGAGCUCGUCUCCCGUUGCUGACCUUCAAGCAUUGGCCCCGGUACAGCCACCUCGAGGCGAGAUUCACCGUCGAUAGAUCUCAUCAAGAUAUCCCAUAGAGUUGUUAUAUAAUUUGACAUAUAAA